UCAGUUUGGGCUGCAGCUGGCAACACACGGGCAGCCACUACUGAGCAGAAGAAGCUGAGCCAUGCUGGAUCCAAGCCCUCCCUCUCCGAGAGCAGCGGCCGACUCCCUCAGAUAGCCAUGAACACCUGCAAGUACAAUGGCGGAGUGGUGAGACCACUAGUGGGCAGCCUGGCGUCCUCGUCGCGCCGCAACCUCGCGGAGCUCGACUCGGAGACGCAGCCCUUGCAAACACUGCACAGCUCUGGCCUGGAGGUGGUGGUGUCCAAGGGCAAUAGCGGCGAAGACCCCAGCAAGGCGUCCAACGAGAGCUUGGUCAGGGAGGGCAGCGGGCGUGGCGGAGGCAGGGCGCCGCAGAAGAAGAACAGGGACAUUGGCUACAAGCUCGGCCACCGGAGGGCGCUGUUUGAGAAGCGGAAGCGGCUCAGCGACUACGCACUCAUCUUCGGGAUGUUUGGGAUUGUUGUCAUGGUGACAGAGACGGAGCUGUCAUGGGGGGUUUACACUAAGGAAUCUUCAUACUCAUUUGCACUGAAAUGCCUUAUCAGCCUUUCCACUGUUAUAUUGCUUGGUCUUAUAAUAAUGUACCAUGCCCGGGAAAUCCAGCUGUUCAUGGUGGACAAUGGUGCGGACGAUUGGAGGAUAGCCAUGACCUAUGAGCGGAUCUUUUUCAUCGUGCUGGAGCUGCUGGUGUGUGCCAUCCAUCCCAUCCCGGGCCAGUACGUCUUUACCUGGACGGCGCGGCUGGCCUUUACCUACACGCCAUCGGUGGCCGAUGCCGACGUGGACAUCAUCCUCUCCAUCCCCAUGUUCCUGAGACUCUACCUGAUAGGCAGGGUCAUGUUGCUCCACAGCAAGCUGUUCACGGACGCUUCGUCUCGCAGCAUCGGCGCCCUCAACAAGAUCAACUUCAACACACGCUUUGUCAUGAAGACCCUCAUGACCAUCUGUCCAGGAACUGUUCUGCUGGUGUUCAGUAUAUCCUCCUGGAUCAUUGCUGCAUGGACUGUGCGCGUCUGUGAGAGGUAUCAUGACAAACAGGAAGUGACCAGUAACUUCCUGGGAGCCAUGUGGCUCAUCUCGAUCACCUUCCUCUCGAUUGGCUACGGGGACAUGGUACCACACACGUACUGUGGGAAAGGCGUGUGUCUGCUUACAGGGAUUAUGGGAGCUGGUUGCACUGCGCUGGUGGUUGCAGUGGUGGCCAGGAAGCUGGAGCUGACCAAGGCUGAGAAGCACGUCCACAACUUCAUGAUGGACACACAACUCUGCAAACGAGUAAAGAACACAGCUGCCAAUGUACUCAGGGAAACAUGGCUCAUCUACAAACACACUAAGUUGGUCAAGAAGAUAGAUCACGCCAAGGUGCGGAAACACCAGCGCAAGUUUCUCCAAGCCAUUCACCAACUGCGCAGUGUGAAGAUGGAGCAGAGGAAACUCAAUGAUCAGGCCAACACCUUAGUGGACCUGGCAAAGACCCAGAAUGUGAUGUAUGACCUGGUGUCAGAGCUGCAGGAGCGCAGUGAGGAGCUGGACAAGCGCAUCGGCACAUUGGAGGACAAGCUGGACUCGGUGACGGGCAGCCUGCAGGCGCUGCCCUGCCUCAUCUCCCAAGCCAUAACCCAGCAGCAGCAGGACUUCCUGGACGGCUUUGUUCACCGCUUUCGGCCCGCCUCACUAGCCUCAGAGCGCUCUGAACGUUCGGAGCGAUCGUGGACUUCCACCGCCCGUAGGCGGCGCUCUCCCUCCACAGCACCACACACCUCCUCUGAUAGCGGAUAACCUUGACAAACCUUCUGCAAUCACCUUCGAGCCCCACCUCUCCCGAACCACCUCGCCACCUCAUUCCGUCCCAUCCAAAGCUGUCCGUGUAACCGAUGGCGAGUCCGCGUUUGGACUAAUAAUGAACCCAUAUCCUGGCCCCUGACCUGAUCCUUGCCCUUAUCCUCUCCCUCCCACCCAACAUCAAAUCCAAAAACCAAUUCCUCUGUGACUGAGCCUCUCAGCACAGGACUGGAUCAGAGCUACUCCAAAAGAGCAAAGCAAAGCAAACAGACUUAAAUCGAGAAAAAACACAAAUGCAUCCAAAAAAAGAAAAAGAGAAAAAAAAAUUUAAAAAUGACUGAAAAACCGAGAUAAAGUAGAGAUAUGGUUUAUGUUUUAGCCAUUGUAUGGCUGUUCAAGUUAGCUUUUUUGUAAAAGCCCUUGUAUAGUUAAAAAAUGACUGAGUUCAGGGUCGCUGGGGUGAGAGCUGGCUAUCACACCGGAGAGUCCUUAACCACGAGGGGGGAAGUUGGUCUGUGGAGCCGAGGGCACCCGCUGGCCCUCCGAGGCCAUGGAGGACAUCCGUCCACACAUCCGUCCGUCUGUCUGUUUGUACGGUGAGGAGAACGAGACAAACCAUUGGAUUUCCCUUUCAAAAGACUAGUGUCAUGGAUUCUUUCCCAUAGGUUAGGGUGACAGCUUUAGAAGAGGCUGCGAAGGCUCUGACUUCAGGUCAGUGUUUGAAGAUGUGCUUCAGGGGGAGGGGAGACUGUCACACAGAAGAAGAGCAAAGGGGAUGCAUAUGGCGUUACUACUGGGUAGGAAAAAUUUACACAGUUGCCAACUUCAAGGUUUCAGCUUCCUUGUUCUUACCAAGGGAAAAUGAGAGCGACUAUCUUUUUUAGUUACAUAUUGACAUGUGAUUUUUCAGUGCCUGAAUGUAUAAAUAGUAGAGGGUUAUUUAAUUACUAAUUUCAGAGCUUUUUUACGAUGUUAACAGUCUGAAUACAGCAUUGCAUUCCUUUUUCAGAUACAUUCCUCUCCAAAAAUUUAAAGAAAAUGUCUUAAUGUAAUGCAUAACAUUGCCUCCAUUACACAGCAACUCUAAAUGUUUUGAAAACCUCUCUUUCUUUCUAUUUCUACUAACACCGCGAGAAAUGAAAAAGUGCAGGGAGCAAGCAAGAGCGAGACCGACUGAGAGAAUAUUUACGAGUGUGUUUGUCAGAGUUCACUUUUAGCUCAAUGCUGCGCACUCAUACACACAACAAUGAAAUAAGUAGUAAUCUACCUUUCUCACUACCACGAAUUAGAGCUUCCUGUGGUCUUCAGAUAAUGGCAUGGCUUGAGGUCUGCUGGUAUACGCGGCCACACAGGCACACAUCACUGGUCAAACUGAAAAACCAACCCUGCCCCUUUGCAUGGUUCUCUGCAAAAAUGACAAUGGAGCACGGUCCUCCUCGGAUGGCUUGAUGGUUUUACAUGAUUUAGAUUUAAUCUGUUUACUUUUUGGUUGUUUGUUUGCUUUCUUUCUUUUAUUUUUUACUAAAACUUUUUUUUUAUAGGAUAACAGGGUUUUUAGAGUUGCAGAACCUAGAGAGUUGCAGUAAUGUGAUUCUGUGAUGCAUUCCCUGGUUAAAAUAUGCGGUGAGGAGAAAUCGCUAUUACAAAAGAAUCAAAUAAAAGUGCUGGAGAAACUUUGAUGAAUUAGUCCCUCUGCAAGUUUAACACAAUAGUUCGACGUGUUGGGAAAUACGCUCAUCUGCCUUCUAGCUGAGUUUUAGCUGAGAAGAGUGACACCACCCACGUCUACAGUAAAUAUGGAGCCACUGCUGACAGCCGGUUGCCUUAGCUUAGCAUAAAGACUGGAAACAGCUAGCCACGCUCAAUCCAAAAUUAACACAUUAUAUCUUGUUUUUGGACUUUUGCAGAUUUUGUUACCUUCAUACAGAGCCAGGCUAGCUGUUUCCCCCUUUUUAUCUGUCUUUAUGCUAAGCUAAGCUAACAGCUGCUAGUGCCAGCAUCAUAUUUACAGACAGGAGAGCGGUUUUGAUCUUCUCAUAAAACUCUCAGCAAGCAAAAUGUCAAACUAUUCCUUUAUCGCUAUGCUGUCAGGCCUCUGCUCUCUCUCCUAAUGAAAGACUAUGAUGGAGGAGAAAUUAGAGCAUUUUUAAGGCAUGGUGAUGACUUGUAGAUUUUUGAUUUGAAGAGAAAUAUUUUGAUAUUUUUUUUCCAAAGUAAAUUUAAAAGGCAGAUCAGGAAGUCAGCGGGUUAGCAGGCUAGCAUGCUGUCCUAAUGUAAUUUGAAUGGUACAUAAUCCCAAAAAUCCCAAAACGAUGUUAAAAUCAUCGUUAUGGCCCCUUAAGCAAACACACAUAUAAGAUCAUUAUUAUUUCCUGGAUCUUAAUUAUUUCCAAGUUGCUUCGGGCUGAAUCUGGUCUGAGUCGAACCCUGUGCGACAGUGAGCGAGUCCACCGUCCACAGACCGGACGGCAUCAUUAAAGAACACAUUCAGUUUGCUACGAGUGGAGCUUGAUCACGCAUGAGAAUUAGCUUUAUUCCUUUCAACUUGAGUUGAUAAAGCAUGACUCUUUACUGCCCCCACCUUGAGCCACUUUUCGUUCAGUGCUACACUCCACCCUUCCACUAUGAAGGGGCGCGUCAUGCCGUUACAGUCUCUGUUUCAAUCGGUGUCGUCCAAUGAGUCAGAGCAGCUAAUGGAAGAGUAUCUGCUCGACUGUGACCUCACCUGCCUUUUCGUAUCUGAGGUUUCCACCUCCUCAUUACAUCGGAGGUUGAGCCUCGCGUUUGUCAUCUGUCAUCAUUAAGAGCAUCAGCCCCCCCCGACACACACACACACACACAUGCGAAGAGGCUUCCCAAAUGGCCCGCAGCGAAGACCUUUGAGUGGCUGGAAUGAAAAACAAAAAGGCAGAAAGAAAGGAAGAAGCAGGGGAAGCCCCAGGUCAUGUUCCAUGUUGCACUCAGUGUGUAAUAUUCAGUUACAUCGGGAGGGAUCACAGAUGCUGGAGUGUCUUCUCCAGAGAGACGUGACUGUCCUGGUGCUAAGGACGCCGUCCUUCAUCAGGCAGCAGGAUAGAGGGAGAGAGUAGAUUAAAAAGAAAGAAAAGACGAACAUGAGAGCAAUUGCUCAUUAACUGACAGAUGUCCGUUUUGGCCCAGGGGGGUGGGGGCGGCAAGAGUGGGUGUCCUGUAAAUAUGACCUCAUUGUAGAUGUCGCCAAGUAAACGGGACAAAUGGAACUGCAGGGGUAAAGGUAGCUGGGUGCAAUGCACAGCAUGUUGCGAGCAUGCAGUAGAAAAACAAUAUCUAGAGAGGAUUCGAAGGGUUUGAAAUUCUGGCAAAUUGACGAUAGCAUUUUAUCAAUUUCACUUUA